AUGGUGGAACGUGAGUGGAUGUACACUGGUUGGUCCCGUACACAGCCCCCCUCUAAUGAUUGGAUAGAAAACACCAACCAGUUUUUGGAUUGUGCAUUCUCUAUGCCUAAUCUAGUUGAAGAUGGCACCAUUAAGUGUCCUUGCAUGAUAUGUCGCAAUUGUCUUAGGCAUAAUAGGUUAACAAUAGAGAUGCACUUGUGUAGAGUUGGCUUUAAGGAAGACUACAAAAUAUGGAUAGCACAUGGUGAGGGACUUGACAGUACCUACGUUGAAGGUGGACAUGAUGACAGUUUUCCUGAAACUGACCGCAUGGACGAAAUGUUGGCUAGCCUAGUUGGUGAACAUCCACCACCAAUUGAUGAGCAGCCACCUGCCUAUGCUCGAGCUUUUUAUAGGAUGGUACAAAACGUUGAUCAAUUAGUACAUGAGAAUACAUCACACUCAUCCCUAGCUACUGGAUUAGCGGUUUGA